AUGAUACCAUACCCAUGUGCCGGUGUUGACGGUACCGAGAUCCUGGACACAUUUAAGAGAUUGGGAGAAGACUACCGUACCAAUGGCGCCGCCUCCCCGGGCCCAGCGGUCGCAGACACAAUUCAAGAGGACGCCGACGCGGAGGAGGAACACAACCCGGACGGGGCCUCGCGGCCCAACUCGAUGCUGUUCACCGGCGCCAGUCGCCGCGGUUCAUACCAGCGCCUAUCCACGCUCUCCAAAAGCUCCGAGGGAACCAAUGGUCCCGGCAGUAACAGUAACCGCAGCAGUGUCACUGUUAAGGGUGCGUCGUCGCCCCUGCGCGGCUCGGCUAUGUUCAUGGAGGACUUCGAUUUCGAUCAGGCGCUGUUCAAGUUCGCGAAUGAGCGGGAGUCGUUCUUGACGGAUUUGAGUCUGAGUGCUGGUGCCAUUACGCCGAAUACGCGCCCGCGGUCCCGGGUUCGUACGCAGAAGAUUGUUUCGGAGGAUUCGCCGUCGCAGGGUGGGAAUCUGUUGAGGUCUGGUAUUGGGAGUGUCAGACGACACAUGUCUUUCCGCGAUAUGAAUAGUAUGAAGCGGCAGCCGUCUAUUGCUCGUCAAGCUUCGGUGCGAACCUCCCGACGACUCAGUAACUAUAACUCUGUUAUUCCAGUUCCGCAGCCUCUUGAGAUCUCCCCGACAAUGCAUCCGUUAAAGCGACGAUUCGAACCUGUCCUACUCGACCGAUACCCCACACGAGGGAUGCCUGACGAAUUGAAGCAGCGCGGCAAUUUCCCCGAUUAUGUUCCCAUGUUUGCCUUUCCGAAUGAUAUCAAUAUCGUCUCCUCCGACCAGCGACCACGCUCUACUUGGCACGGGUUUGCCAUGACAACGGACAAUGGUUCCAGGUUGCACGCUAUCUGUGUGAUUAUCUGGAUCCCGCUCAAUCAGAACGCAGCAGAAGAGCUCGAGAAGCGCUGCGAGGAAUGGAGGAAGGAUAACAUGACCGACGAAGAGCGCGAACUGGCCGCGAGCUUGGGCGAGCGAUUGGCAUCCGAGCGAGCUAAACUUUCCCGCCUACUAGCACAGCUACCGACAGUUCCAUCAGGGUCUGAAUCCCGUGAACAGCUUGAGGAUGAUAUCAGUGCUGUGGAAGAGAAGAUCGGACUGAUGACUGAUCUCCUACGUCCGGUCCGCCACGGUGCAGCCUCCAAGAUUGAGGGUCUGACUGAUGGUGAUACGGGAUUCUGGAUUCCCCGCGCGUACGGUAUUCUGGGCCGAGAGAGCACCAUGACCAGUUUCUGGAAGGAGUGGCUCAAGGCUAUCGUGGUGCCCAUGACGGAGGGAGGUGUACAGCGUGUGCCUCCUCCUUCUCCGCGUAUGGGAGUAUGGCAGCCGCUGGAGCGAUAUGUUAUGAAUCUCUGCACCGAGGCGUUCUGUCCGAUCUCUUCGAAGACGCAGGUCGAACUGGCCAUUCGGGAGUUAAGGUUGUUUGCCCGCAAAGAGGCGCCCAAUGAGAUCCCAGGGUCCCGAAACACUGAUCUCUAUGCCUUGUUCCGAACUUUGUCGGUUCCCAAUAUCCUGAUUCUCUUCGAGUACGCUCUUACCGAAUCUCGCAUCAUCUUCUUGUCCUCCCACACUUCCAUGCUUUACCUUGCCACCAGGGCGCUGGUCGACCUUCUGUUCCCUAUUCAGUGGGCUGGUGUUCUAAUUCCUGUGCUUCCCGCUCGUUUGAUUCAGGCCCUGGAGGCCCCUUGCCCGUACAUUGUUGGUAUCGAGCGUCGAUACGAGAAGGUGGAGCUGCCGUCGGACGAUUUCGUUCUGGUUGAUCUGGAUUCAGACAUGAUCGAAAGCACUAUCCAGCCCACCGCCCUCCCACGCCACCAGCGCAGAAAGCUUCUGUCAUUGUUGCAAUUGGCUGCUCCUCAACACAGCCGAUGCCACGUGCCUACUGGACCCCCGGCAUAUGCAAUUGAAACGUAUCCCUGGGACUCGUUCCUGUCCGAGAGCAAGGCUACGUUCCAAUCCAAGGCUCCGGCCACUAACCUGGCAAAGUAUGUCGGUCUCAACUCCAGUGCGUUCGGCCCGACCGCUGUCGUCCCAGGCACAUACUCGCCCCCGAUUUUCAACGUGUUCUUGCAUGCCCGCAGUGAACAGGGACCCUCCCGUGGUUACUCGUCUCGCGGAAAUGAGCGCCCAGGAACUGGAAACACCAUCAGAGCCAGUGCCUCCCCGCCAUCCCCGAGAGAAAGCUCGCCCACAUCUGGCUACUUCCCUCCCCCUCCACCAACCCCAUCCUCGCGCAAUGAUUCCGGCAUGGCUCUGCAGGCGUCUUUGCGUGAAAAGCGCUCCGGUCACUUCGAUGCCUCCUCCCGGCGAAGCUCGUCGUUCGGCAUGAGCCGGCGCCCUAGUGCUCCGUUCCUCGGUCACACUUCGAACCUCUCAGUAACAACCCUCAACACUGAACAUGGUGGCCCUGGCUCCACCUAUGCUCCCUCUGUCUAUGCGCAAUCCACCAUCGCUGCAUCGACAAUUGUCCCCCAGGCCAACUCACAGCAACCCGACAACAACCAGGGCACAUGCUGGGCCGAGGGUCACUUCUUCCAAGUCCAGCCAUGGGAUGAUAAGUUGACCUGUGCCAUUUGUGACGACCGUGCAGAGGAAGGGAUGUACAAGUGCUCUGCUUGCAAGCUGAUCGUCCACAACCGCUGUGCUUGUAUGGUCUGCCUGCCGUGUGAUGCAGCCUUCCAUCCUGAUCAGAUCCGUGCUGCAUUUGUCAGAUGCUUUGCCAGCUUGUUCUACACUUAUAAGAAGUUCCUCGUCCCGGCCACUGGCGAAAAGAAGAAGUCUGGAAUGUACUAUACGUUCAACAUGGAGGCCUUCAUGAAGAGUCUUCCAAGUGAACAUGCUGAGUACAUUGCUAUUCUACAGCAGACCCAAGGCUUCAACGAGUUCAUCAGUGAUCGAGAGAGAACAAGCCCCAAGUCCAAGGACCCGCGGAUGGCACUGUUCGACGAGAUCGUCCUUUCAAAGCGUAACCGAGGCCGCACAUCCAUCUUCUCCGGCCGCUCGACAACCGACUUCUUAUCAGACACAUCCAACCACCUAUGGCGCACCGCCAACGCCACCUUCUUUGCCCCAAGCAGCCGUAGCCAGCAGAAUCUCUCCGCUGAUUACAGCAGAGUAGUAACGAGAGCACCGGCGAAACUAGAUGAAAGCCUGAUGACAGAACCCCGCAUGAUCCACGGCACACCAAGGGUUUCCAAGACGGCGAAUACUGCCCGCCGAAAGCCCCUGCCUAAACUGAUGAAUGGCCUGGCGAUAUCUCCCCCUAGUUAA